AGCGUCAUGAACAUGAGACUGUUUCGUUUUUGAAAUUCACGUGACUUUCCCGCAACAUGCUUAUAAAUACCAGCCAUUUCCUCAAAUCUGACUAGUCUGAAUCGAUCUGAGUUUGCAGUGAUACCAAGUGAGUAGUCGAUGAAGUAGACUUCUAGCAACAUGAGCAUCUUGUCCGUUGUGUUUCUGUGCCAGGCUUUCCUGGCAAUCAGCUACGCUCAGAAGAAGUGUUGUUACCCCGACCAAUUUGUAUCGAUAGAGGGUAUUGAGAUUGGUCUAAGCCAAUCUGGAAAGGGUUCAGCCACCGUUGGAAAAAUUCAAGUUGCCUUUGAUUACACCAACAAGCGAGUGGCUGAGUUGGGUAUAAUGACAACGGAUCAGAAAAGCGAGGAACUACAAGGAAUUGCAGACUACAGUAAGGGUGUUCAAUAUUUCAUCCAACCAAAGGCCAGAGAAUGCAUUAAAGUGCCAUUAGCUGGACCAAUGCCCCACUGCGUCCCAGACAACGCUACCUCAGUUGGGAGUAUAUACCUUGGUAAUCACAAAUUGACGGUCGAUGUGUAUAACCUGCCUGUGGACGAAGGAAUAGUGUCACUCAGUGUCACCCACGGUGAAUGCAUUCCCAACAGCUACACAGUUUUAGCAACGUCCCCUUACGGCAAGUUCAAACAAUUCUUUCAGACAGGAUCAAUAAAGAACAUGAGCCAAAGGUAUAGAUCUCAAUAAAACGACAGUCCAGUAGGUAAAUCGAAAUGCUUGAGCUUGGUAGACGCAAAAGGGCGGUACUUUGGAGUGCUGACAUCACUAUAUAAAAAACCAUGCAUUAACUGCAUCGUUUUUAUAAAGACUGAGAAGAAAUUAAGAUGAGUGAGGCCCUACACAUGACUCACAAACCAACAUUACACUUCUGGCUUUGCUUCCGCCAUGUUCCGGCAUAUACACUCCAUAAUUACCAUUGUCUCGCCUAGUAGCAAUUCUUUUUGUCUUCCAAUGCAGGGUCUUUCCUUGCUGUUACUGGCUUUUUCAACUACACUGCUGGCAUCAAGGACCCAUCCAAGUUUUUCACCGUGCCUGACUAUUGCCCAAAGUCAUUCUUGGAGGUGCCAGUGUUUCAAAAACUACCCUCCUACAAGAUGUUCUUCUAAAGUUGUUCAGAUGUUCCCUCUCCGGGAGAUUAGACUUUCAUAUCGACCGUAGUCGACAUAUUCGACAGCAACAGUAAUCAAAUGGUCAUUUAUCGGUAGAUUAGCGCUACUAUCUUUUGAUGGUUCUAACUUCCACAAUAGAGUACCGAAGUGUGAUGUCACUGUGAACCAGAAAGUGCAGUGCAAACGAAUGGAGUACGCGCGCGUGUUGGUGGUUCACGCGCUGGUUCUCGCGCUAAUGCAUUUUACACACUAAUUGUACGCGUGACGUAUUCAAUUCGGUACUCUAUUUGGUACACACAUUUACAAUUAUUUGACUAUUUGUACUGCAUAGCGAUAUUUAAAGAAUAAAAAAAUGAUUUCUAUACCACAGUCUAACGAAAAGACAGAAAUGCUUUGAGCAUUUCAUGAACAAAGCCGUAUGUUUGGUCUUCCUUGUGUGAUAAAUUCAAGAAAAACGAAAUCCCAAAUCAAAAUUUAUUUGUCAAAUGUUUCCCUUGAAUUUGUAAAGUUUUGACUUUAUAACUGUAGUGACAUAAUGGUUGUAGAAAGUGCAUUACUGAUUGCACAAGUAUUUGAAAUGAGUUUUAAUAUUUUGUGUACCCUAGUCCUAUAUUUUUUUAAUCAUUCAACAGCCACAAUUCACAGAACGCAGCUUUAAGUUCCCUUAAGAAGACAGUGAUUCACUUACUGAAUUUAAAUUUGAGAUGUUUUGUUGGACAGAUGUUCACAGGAGAUAUUUUGAAUGAAUAGGCCAUAUUAAAAUCAGCUUUAGGUUUCCACAAUUAAUUCAGUUUCCUGGGUGAAUGGGUUCAAUUUUUUUAAUUGUUACAUUUUUUGUAAUAAUC